AUGUCUGACGCCGCGUUCUUUGCGAUGCUUUGCGAUGUGCAGCUUCGGACGGACAGAUCUGCAACGUUCGAAUCACGCACCUUCUUCUCCUCGGAAGCUCCCAUACAACACCUCAUUGAGGAAUCGAGCCUGACCUUUGCACCCGGGCUUGCCGACAUGAUCCGAUCACCAGAUGCGCCUUCAGUGCAGCAAUUGAGAGUGUGCUCUGUCCCGCUCUCUCUCGACGAUCUCACGUUGAAGUGGAUCGUUUACCUGCAAUACUAUCGUAAAGGUCCACUCUGGGCUAUCUAUUGCGGCAAGACAACAAAUGCGAGGGGCUCACAGGAGAGGGUCAUGGAAUACGAAUACGAACGUAGCAACAUACCAGACUCAAUUAAGGACCUUCUCCAAAGGGGUUUCGAGCGAACGAGUCACACGAAUCUUGCAGCUGUCGACAUUUCCUUCGAGGGAGAAGACAUGAUAUGCGUGGUUGCACUCGUCAAAGCGCUUGAGGCAACCUUCGCUACAGGAUUCUGGGCAUAUUCCAAACCAACUCUCAUAUCUCUCACUCCGCUUCGAUUCUGGGAGGAGGUACCAUGGUUGGGUCUGUGCUCGCAUUCUUCCCUCAUGGAAAUCACUUUUGCGGGCUUGGAAGAUGACCUUCCGAACCUCGACGAGCUUCGUCUCGCCUGGAAAGAGCGCGCGGAACUGGCUACGAAGAAGUAUAGGAACCCGGAGAAGGGUCAAGCUUCAUUGGAUAAACGCAAGGACAAACUGAAGAUGAAGAGUUCCGUGAAAGCCGAUUGA